UGAGGGAAGCGCCAGGAACAGCCAAUGGGGUGGGGGAUGGGCGGGGCAUGUUGUCAAGGCACGGGCGCGAGGGGGUCUCGCAGAGCGGCGCGUGCGAGCCGGGAGCGCAGUGGCAAGAUGUGGGCGGCCAACGGGCUGUGGGCGGCGCUGGCCCUGAUCCUGCUCCCGGGCGGCGGCCGGGCCCUGCGGGAGGGGGACUGCGAGGUUUGUGUUACGUUCCUGGGAAGGUUCUACCAGAGUCUAAAUGACAAGGAUGUUGAGUUCACACCAGCUAGUGUUGAAAAAGAACUCUUGAAAUCCUGCAAAGAAGCAAAAGGCAAAGAGAACCGACUGUGCUAUUACAUUGGUGCCACCAGUGAUGCAGCCACUAAAAUGGUUAAUGAGGUAUCAAAACCUCUGAGUCACCACAUCCCUGUGGAAAAAGUCUGUGAGAAACUGAAGAAGAAAGACAGUCAGAUCUGUGAGCUAAAAUAUGACAAGCAGAUUGACCUGAGCACUGUGGACCUGAAGAAACUGAGAGUGAAAGAACUGAAGAAGAUCCUAGAUGACUGGGAUGAAACAUGCAAGGGCUGUGCAGAAAAAUCAGACUAUAUUCGCAAAAUCAAUGAACUGAUGCCUAAAUAUGCACCAAAGGCAGCCAGUUCACGGACGGAUCUCUGACCAAUGUAGUGGCCUCCGUCAUACUAGCACCUCAUACAAACUACAUUAAUCUCUCUUUUGUUUCUUAUAAAGCCUUUUUUGUAACUUAUUUAAGUGGGCUCCUAAGGCUCUCACCGUUGGAGCGGGAGCAGGUGUGAAACGGUCAUUCGACAUCCCUGUUAUGUCAUGUCUCUAGUUUGUAUUUCUCUUGGUUCUGGUUUAGUUUAGGACAUCACCAUCUGUAUGGGAUUUUUUUUAUUAAAGUAAAAAGAAAUCUU